AUGAUAGUGCCUGUUGUUCAACAACAAGCCGAACCUGCUCAGCGUGUGCAGCGGCGAAUCAUCGCCACCAAGUUGCUGCAAAAACUCGCCGACAUAUUGCCAGCUAAUGAAGUUCGGAAGGAGCUCGGUCCAUGUGCUCAGAUCUUGUGCCAAGAUAGCAAUUCAAAUGUUCGGACUUCAAUGGCACAACGACUGCCAGUCAUCGCCAGAGCACUCAAAAACUCCAGCGAUGUUGUCUCCCUGUUGUUGCCAUGUUUUGUACAGUUAUACAAGGACGAUGAUAUGACCGUCAAAGAGGCCUGCAUGAACAACAUCGCUCAGUGCAUUCCGCAUUUCACAAAUGAAGCAAAGAAGAACACAGUAUUCCCGCUGAUAAAGAAGUCAACUGAGCAGAGCUUGGAGCAGAAGGACGAUACUCUGAUGGUGAUUGCGAAGAAUUUUGGAGAAUGGUGCUACACACUACGCGAUGUACUGGAUCAGUUGGACCUGUGCUGGGUUCUGAACACGUACUGCAAAAUUGGUCAAGUUGCACUGUCAAAGGAAGAGAAUGCCACGCAAAAAGUGAUGCUGACAAUGUGCCGACGAAUGACCGGAUUCAACCUACCGGUGAGGCCUUCCAAAAACCGCUUUUCUUCUUUGCAAGUCGUGGAUUGCUACCACGAGCGGAUACGAUUCAUGCCACAUGGACAAUGGCUA